AGACCCAUCGAGGCCCGUUGCCGGUCCUCCAGCGUGCAGCAUGGAAGCAACCAAAACAUUUUAACCACCUUCCCACUUCUUCUUUUCAAUCCUCUUCCUCCCCUCAAUCAACUUUUUCUCAUUUCCCAUUCCACUCUCUUUACUGAUUAUUUCCCAAGGCAUUCUUUUGACAGAACCGCAAUCAUGGGAUAUACCGACAAAGAUUGGCUUGCCAUUAACACGAUCCGCCUUCUCGCGGUCGAUGCCACAUUCGCCUCCAACUCGGGCCACCCUGGCGCGCCUAUGGGUAUGGCACCGGUGGCUCACGUCUUAUUCAACAAGUUCAUGAAGUUCAACCCCAAGAACCCCAAGUGGUUGAACCGUGACCGAUUCGUUCUCUCUAACGGACACGGAUGCAUGCUCCAAUAUGCCCUCCUCCACCUUUUUGGAUACGCCCUAACUUUAGACGACAUCAAGGGUUUCCGAAAAGUCGACAGCAUCACCCCCGGACAUCCCGAGGCCCACGACACCCCCGGUGUUGAGGUUACCACUGGUCCUCUCGGACAAGGUAUCUCCAACGCUGUUGGUCUUGCUAUUGCUCAAGCCCAAACAGCCGCCACAUUCAACAAGGAUGGAUUCCCCCUUGUUGACAACUACACCUAUGCCUUCUUAGGUGAUGGUUGCUUGAUGGAGGGUGUUUCUAGCGAGGCAAGCUCCUUGGCUGGUCACCUGCAAUUAGGUAACCUCAUUGCCGUCUGGGACGACAACCAGAUCACCAUUGACGGUGACACUGCAUGCGCUUUCACCGAAGACGUCGUUAAGCGAUACGAGUCUUAUGGCUGGCACGUCGAGAUUGUCGAUGAUGGUGACCACGACCUCGAGGGAAUUGAGAAGGCCAUACAGAAGUGCAAGGAUGUUAAGAACAAACCCUCGCUAAUUAAGCUCAAGACCACCAUUGGUUUCGGUUCUUUACAGCAGGGUACUCACGGAGUACACGGUUCUCCGCUAAAGGCCGACGAUAUUAAGCAGGUUAAGCAGAAAUUUGGCUUCAACCCCGAACAGAGCUUCAUCGUCCCACAAGAUGUCUACGACCAAUAUGGAAAGAAGGCUGCUGAGGGUGCCGCCCUUGAGGCAGAGUGGAACAAGCUUUUCGCAAGCUACGCUACUAAGUACAAGGCUGAGCACGAUGACCUUGUUCGCCGGCUAGAAGGAAAGCUUCCUGAGGGUUGGGAGAAGAGCCUCCCCGUCUACACUCCCAAGGACGCCGCUGUUGCGUCUCGAAAGCUCUCCGAGAUCGUCCUUUCUAAGGUUGAGGCUAUUGUCCCCGAGCUUAUCGGUGGUUCUGCUGAUUUGACAGGAUCUAACCUGACUCGAUGGAAGGGUGCUACCGACUUCCAGCCCCCGUCGACUGGUCUUGGUGACUACGCCGGUCGAUACAUCCGAUACGGUGUCCGUGAGCAUGGUAUGGGCGCUAUCAUGAACGGUAUCGCCGCUUACGGUACCCUUAUCCCCUACUCAGGUACUUUUCUAAACUUCGUCUCGUACGCUGCUGGCGCCGUCCGUCUAUCGUCUCUAUCCCAGGUCCGUACGAUCUGGGUUGCCACUCACGACUCCAUCGGUCUCGGUGAGGAUGGUCCUACACACCAGCCGAUCGAAACACUCGCCCACUUCCGUGCUCUGCCCAACAUGAUGGUUUGGCGACCGGCUGAUGGUAACGAGACUAGCAGCGCCUACUACGUUGCCCUAACCUCCAAGCACACUCCUAGCAUCAUCGCUUUAUCGCGACAAAACCUGCCCCAGCUUGAGGGCUCAACCAUCGAGAAGGCGAUCAAGGGUGGAUAUGUCUUACACGAGGUUGAGGGUGCCGAUAUCACCCUUGUCUCAACUGGUUCGGAAGUCUGCAUUUGCGUUGACGCCGCCAAGUACCUCCAAGAGAAGCACGGCCUUAAGGCCCGUAUUGUCUCGAUACCCUGCUUCGAGGUCUUCGACUCUCAAACCAAGGAGUACAGACUCAGCGUUCUUCCCGACGGUAUCCCGUCGUUGUCUGUUGAGGUCAUGAGCACAAUGGGUUGGGAGAGAUAUACCCACGAGCAAUUUGGUCUCAACAGAUUUGGUGCCUCCGGUGCCUACAAGGACGUCUACAAGAAAUUCGAGUUUACUCCUGAGGGCGUUUCGAAGAGGGCUGUGGCAACUGUUGAAUUCUGGAAGGGUGUCCCUAACAUCCGUUCGCCUAUCAACCGUGCGUUCCAGCAGCUUAUUUAAACAAAAAAAUUGGUGUGGCGGAUGAUGAGUCUUGGUAUAAUUAAAUCAGCUGGCGCAAUGUAUCAGAUGGUGUUCUCGGAUUUAUAGACGUGCGGGCCAAAAUAGUCCGAGAUAAGAUACAGCACGAGACAAAUUUGGCAUCAAGCACAUUUUUAAAACAUAUUCCCAAUUAAAUGCAAACACUAUUAGUGUAUGAA